ACCACACAGGACUUCACUGCUGCAGCGUUCAGCGCACACGAGCCACGUCAGCAUCCUUCACCUCUGGAUGCUUAUCUUCUGCUUCCAGCGGGACUAGCAGGAUUAUCAGGACCACCAGGACUAUAGGACCAGCAGGACCAUCAAGACUACCAUCUAAGGACGUGACUCGGAGAGCUUGGAGGCUGUGGAGGUGGGAGGGGCGGAGAGAAGGACUCCACCCCGCCCGUCUGGUUUGGACUGCGGGGACUGAAGGAAGCAUCGAGCAGACAUGUCCAUGUCCAUCCUGCAGCUCUGCGUCAAAGGUGCUGAUUGUGAUUUUUAAGAUAUCCAAGCGGCAAAGACGUGCCGUCAUCAUGGAGGCACGCAGCAGUAGAGACAUAGACAACAUGCCAUGUUUAAGACCCACACGUUCCUGCCCACAGAAACUAAAGCUACUCUCAGAAAGUGGGAUUUAGGUGAAGACAACAUGGGUCAUCAUCUCCGAGACCAGCUUCCCCAAUAAGCAGCACCUCACCUCCUUCCUUCUGGGGAUCACCCAAAGUCUUCACUUUGUCUCGUUGCCGUCCAACAUGCGUCCGUCUCUUGCCACGGCAGUCCUUCCAGCCAGGACGCGUACCCACAAUGCACCUAAUCUGGCCGUGGGGAGUCGUGAGCAUCUCUCGGCUCCCCGAAGGCGGAGUCCAAACAUACGACACACCCUGAGCCCAGAGAACCUUCGGACCCUGGCAGAGAGAGGAGGGGCAUCUGUGGACACUGUGUCUAUGGUUAGCAGUCCCAUUGGACUUCCACGGGCCAACAGUGACACAGAUCUGGUCAGCUCUCAAAGCAGGUCCUCGUUGACGGCAUCCACACUGGAGUACACGUUGAACCGUGGCCAGAACCUUGUCAUAUCCUGGGAUAUCAAGGAGGAAGUGGACGCUACGGACUGGAUUGGACUGUACCAUAUUGAUGAAACCAGUCCAUCCAACGUGUGGGACUGCAAGAACCGAGGGGUGAAUGGCACCCAGAAAGGUCAGAUAGUUUGGAGGCUGGAGGCCGGACCUUACUUCAUGGAGCCUGAGACCAAGAUCUGCUUCAAGUAUUACCAUGGAGUGAGUGGAGCCCUGAGAGCAACAACUCCCUGCAUCACUGUAAAGAACACUGCUGUCCUGGUGGAGGGCCUUGCAGAGCAGGUGGGUGUUGAACAUCCUCGGAAACUGAUAAGCUUCACUUUGACAGAUCUGCGUGCCACGGGCCUGAAGAAAGGCAUGUUUUUCCAUCCGGAUCCAUAUCUAAAGAUGUCCAUCCACCCGGGGAAGCGCAGUGUCUUCCCUGUCUUCAGCCAUCAUGGACAAGAACGCCGAUCAGCCAUCAUUGCAAACACCAUUAAUCCAGUUUGGCAUGGAGAGAAAUACACGUUUGUAGCACUCAUGACAGACAUUCUGUACAUCGAAGUGAAGGACAAGUUUGCAAAAAGCAGACCAAUCAUCAAGCGAUUCCUUGGUCAGCUAACAAUCCCUGUACAGCGCCUGAUUGAAAAAAUACCCGGAAUCCAGCCUGUGAGUUUCCCUCUGUGUCGUCGCCUGCCCACGGAACAUGUGAGUGGACAGUUGCAGUUCAAGGUGGAACUCACGUCAACUGGUGCUGACGGUGCCUCUCCAGAUUCAAUCAUUGGCCUUUCAACAUUCAAUGGAGCUCCAGGGACUCCUUCAGAUGAUGAAGACCUGCCUCAUCACCUUCCAGGAAUGGUCUCAGCAGGCCCCUCUCCCACUGGCUCCCAGGACUCUCAAACUAUUUGGGAAGGCGGGGCCUCGGCGUACCCAGAAAAAGAGUUUUCACUCGUUGGUGCUGAGGCACGAUUUUUGGGAGGACAUCAAUUACUUCAGAGGUCACUCAGUGAGGGCCUGGAUGCUAUUGAGGCUCCCAAAGGUCCUGGAGAAAGGCCCCUUGGUGCUGCCUCUCCUAAACUACGUUCAAGCUUCCCCACACACACUCGGCUUAGCGCUAUGCUGCACAUCGAUUCCGAUGAGGACGAAGACAGGUCCGGGGCCAGUGAAAUGCUUCCGAUUCCACCGUCCCCGCUGCUGCUGAAUGGAGUUCCUCCAGAUGUUACAGGUCCUGAUGAAGAUGACCCAUCGCCUGAGCAUCAUGGAGAGGAGGAGCCUGAGGGUCCUGAAGAUAUAGCCUCUGAGGCCCAAGUGUCCCCCAAGGUGGAGGCAGGUCUGAACCAAGAUGACGUCCUGGAGCUAGAUGUCUUUUCUGAGGUGGACGACGCUCCUUUCUCAGAGGCUGUUUCCCAUAAUACUUUACCAGAGGGUGGAGAGGUGCCCGAGGUGGGAGGAGAACCUGUUGAGGAGCCUUCUUCAGAGAUUGACACCUGCUCCAUGGCAACAGCCCCACAGACGGUCUUCUCUUCCUCAGACAGUUGUCCCGUCACAGUGACCACUGCUGUGGACGCAGAGGAGGUGCCAGACACUGCCAUUGAUCCAGGGGGAGAUGUGAUUUGUGGCGAUCCAGCUGGAGACAAUGAAGGUAGUGGACAAUCUGUUUGUCCUGAGGGAGAAGCUGCCUCAGCUUUAGAGCAGGAGAACAUUCUGGAGAUCAGUGUGAGGAAGCUGAGCCUGCAGGCUGAAGAACAAGAAGGGGAUGAGUCAAAGCCACAUGAGGAGAUUGUUACCACAGAAACAGAUGGAGAGGAAGGUACUCCUGUCAAUGGUCAUCUUGUCAGAUCACUUCCGUCUGUUCGACAAGACAUUCAUCGCUAUCAACGUGUGGACGAGCCUCUUCCACCCAACUGGGAGGCACGUAUCGACAGUCACGGAAGAAUCUUUUUUGUGGACCAUGUGAACAGAACCACCACAUGGCAGCGACCCACUGGACCUCCUGCACCACAGGGUCUGACCCGGUCUAACUCCAUUCAGCAAAUGGAGCAACUUAACCGCAGAUACCAGAGCAUCAGAAGGACAAUAACCAACAGUGAUAGAACAGAAGACAGCACAGCUGACCUACUACCUGAACCAGAAACUGAAUUGAUGCCUCACUCCAUUUCUGAAUACCGACGAGAGAGUGCAGUCAGUCAUGCGAGUGGUCGUCUUUCUCUGCUGCUCCAGUCUCCCAGCGCCAAGUUCCUGUGCAACCCCGACUUCUUUACUGUGCUGCAUUCUAACCCUAGUGCCUACCGCAUGUUUACAAGCAACACCUGUCUGAAGCAUAUGAUCAGUAAGGUGCGGCGAGACGCUCAUUACUUUGAGCGCUACCAGCACAAUCGUGACCUCGUUACCUUCCUCAACAUGUUCUCCAACAAACAGUUGGAGCUUCCCCGCGGUUGGGAAAUGAAACACGACCAUACUGGGAAGCCCUUCUUUGUGGACCACAAUUGUCGGUCAACAACCUUCAUCGAUCCACGGCUGCCUCUUCAGAGUUCUCGCUCCACUGGGCUGCUGGCCCACCGCCAGCACCUGAGCCGCCAGCGCAGCCACAGCGCCGGAGAGGUGGCAGACGACUCUCGACAAACCAAUGCAUCCAUGAUGCCUCGCCCAUCCAGCACCUUCAGUGGCUCCAGUCGAAGUCAUUACCAGGAUGUGGUGCCUCUGGCGUACAAUGAUAAGAUUGUGGCGUUUCUACGGCAAGCAAACAUCUAUGAGAUCCUGCAGGAAAGACAACCAGAACUUACCAGGAACAAUUCACUCAAAGAGAAGGUACAGUUUAUUCGCAGUGAGGGAGCCAAUGGGCUUGCACGCCUCUCUGGGGAUGCUGACCUCGUCAUGCUGCUGAGUUUAUUUGAAGAGGAGGUGAUGUCAUAUGUGCCGCCUCUGCUCCACCCAAAUUACUGCCUCUCCUCUUCUCCUCAGAGCUCGCCCGGCACCCAGCGAGCAAACGCCCGUGCUCCUGCUCCCUACAAACGAGAUUUUGAAGCUAAACUGAGGAACUUCUAUCGAAAGCUGGAAACGAAAGGUUAUGGACAGGGACCUGGCAAAGUCAAACUGGUCAUACGGAGGGACCAUCUUCUAGAGGAUGCCUUCAACCAAAUCAUGUGUUACUCACGCAAGGACCUACAAAGGAGUAAACUUUACGUCAGCUUUGUAGGAGAGGAUGGGCUGGACUACAGUGGGCCAUCCAGAGAGUUUUUCUUCCUUGUGUCCAGAGAGCUCUUUAACCCGUAUUACGGCCUGUUUGAAUAUUCAGCAAACGACACAUACACCGUGCAGAUCAGUCCCAUGUCUGCCUUUGUAGACAACCACCAUGAAUGGUUUCGUUUUAGUGGGCGUAUCCUGGGAUUGGCUCUGGUCCAUCAGUAUCUUCUGGAUGCCUUCUUUACCCGACCCUUCUACAAGGGUCUUUUACGCAUACCUUGUGACUUGAGUGACCUGGAGUUCCUGGAUGAAGAGUUUCACCAAAGCCUGCAGUGGAUGAAAGACAACGACAUCGAGGACAUGCUGGACCUCACUUUCACUGUCAAUGAGGAGGUGUUUGGACAGAUCACAGAGCGAGAACUAAAGCCAGGCGGAGCGGGUAUUCCUGUGUCCGAGAAGAACAAGAAGGAGUACAUUGAACGUAUGGUGAAGUGGCGUAUUGAGAGAGGCGUGGCUCAGCAGACUGAGAGUCUGGUUCGAGGCUUCUAUGAGGUGGUGGAUGUGCGGCUGGUGUCGGUGUUUGAUGCCAGGGAGUUGGAACUGGUGAUGGCUGGAACUGCAGAGAUCGACCUGACAGACUGGAGGAACAACACGGAGUAUAGGGGAGGUUACCAUGACAACCACAUAGUGAUCCGCUGGUUCUGGUCAGCAGUGGAACGGUUCAACAAUGAACAAAAACUGAGACUGCUGCAGUUUGUGACAGGCACAUCCAGUAUUCCCUACGAGGGCUUUGCCUCGCUACGGGGAAGUAAUGGACCGCGCAGAUUCUGUGUAGAGAAGUGGGGAAAAAUCACCUCCUUACCCAGAGCUCACACGUGCUUCAAUCGUCUAGACCUGCCACCGUACCCGUCUUUCUCGAUGCUGUAUGAGAAGAUGGUGACGGCUGUGGAGGAGACUAGCACGUUUGGUCUGGAGUGAAGGGAGAAGGUUCUCCUCAGCAGGAGAUGCUGAGAACAAAAGUCAUAUCCCUAAAAGGCAACUGACACCACACAUGGUGAAUCAUUGUGCUACGACUUUCAAGCAGAAGAAUUAGGAGAGGAGUAUCUGCAAAUGUUUUUAUGGCGAUCUUUCUUCAUUGAGCCUUCAGUUAACUGCCUUCUUCGCUCUCCUCCUCUUCCUCCUCGUGCACCUUAGAGAGCCAAUGGACUAGUGUUCUCCAUUCUCCUCUCUGGACCUCAAAACUGUGUCUGCUCAAUUCCAAGACCGUCACUAAACGUCCCAGUCCAGUGUUUCUUCCAGAUGAUUUCUCCAGCAUGGAAGAAUGUCUACUUUGUGCAGUCAGUGAUUGUCAUGACAUUAAACACACACAUACUGCACCAUCAAUUGUUUUCAUAUACUUUCAUAGGCAGAAGUCACACAUCAUCAUGCAUGGAUUUGGCUAGAGUGACACUGAAAUCAAGUAAGACAAGCACUGGACAGAUAUGUUUGCUGACAGACCUCAGUCCCAUACGAGUGUAAAGUUUGCAAAAAAAGCUAUGAAUGUAUGAAAUAGGUGAACGAAUGUACAUGUAUGAACCACAAGCCAUGAUGAGACACUCAUUCGUUGGAAGACAGUCAAUAUCACAUCUGCUAUGAAUGAAAUGAAAAACAUCUGACCGUGGGUCUGUGGGUUUUUGAGUAUGAUUUUUCAAAACAAUUCUACGAAUUUUACAAGAUCCAUUUGUCCCCCACGGUGAAAUGUUGUUGAAAGCUGUACAUGGAAAUAAUGUGUUCCUCAGUGAGAGAUGGUCAACAAAAGAAAUGCUUGGAAAGCGACGUCUUUUUGGCUGACUUGAAAGGGCUUUGACAUUUUGUUAUUUUGUUAAAGUUUAAAAAACACAGCCCUAAUAAGAAAAGUCAUUUGCUGAAUGCACCGGUGUAUUUUAUGGCUGUUCAGCCUAAAGGGUAACACAAGCAGAAUCUUAAAGAGUGCCAACCCAGUGGAAUGUCUGCCGCAUUGGAUUUGAUUUUUUUUUUUUUUACUUAAGAACAUUCAGACAAUAUGUGAAUGCUGUGAAUUGAUAUAAAGUUUAAGUACUGUACUGUUUACAUAAGGUUGUAUCACAUGAACCUGCAUAGACAAACUGGAGAUGUUUUGACAAAAAAACGUGAAGAACUACACUACUCACAAAAAAUAGUAGGAUAUUGGGCUUUUGGGGGAAAUCUCAGGAUGAACCUAAAAUGCACUAUAACCUGUACAGGUCAAGUUAAUUGUGGAUUGUCAGUCAUUCAGGUCAUUGUAAUCCGCAAAGGUUGAAGCUUGUUUGUUGAAGAGAUUUAACUGUUCAAAAGGCUUAUUCAGUUCUAAGAUUUUAGAUGUGGAGUCACCCUGUUUAUGUCUCUGGUGAAUGUGUCCCCUGGGGGUGGUCACAAUAGGGUUGUUGUUGUGGUUGUGGCCCGGCGUGACUGGUGAACAACGGCCUUGCAUAACAAUAAUUAAUUCUCCUAUCUGGUGGCAAAACAGCUCAUUAGUGGCUACCCAUCCUGUGGAAUGAGACAAUCUUUGGGGGUGAGAUGUCAGGACAUUGUUAUAAGUAGAUGAUAGAUGAUGCCUCAGACCUCCUUCUCGGUGUCGAGAGAAUAUUUCUAGUUUAACCGACAUGCUUCUUUCAUGCUGCUUUCAAACCAGCAGUUGUCCCUAUCCAGAAUUUGGACAUCAUUGCCCUCAAAGGAAUGUCUCUUCUUUUUGAGAUGCAAAUGAACUGCUGACUCUGGGCCUGAAAACACUGCUUUCCUAUGUUGUGGCAUGAGUUUGUGUAAGGGUUGCUUGGUCUCCCCAACGUAGAGGUCAUUGCACUCCUCACCACACUGCACUGCUUAAACAACGUUGCUGAAUUUGCUUCUCAGGAUUUUGCCUUUGGGGUAAAGCAGCUUUUGUAUGAGGGUGUUGGUGGGUUUAAAAUACAUCUGUAAUUAAUUUGACCUUCUCUCAACUUUUGAAUAGACAUGUCCUGUUGAACUGUUGAAUGUUUCAGUGCUUUUUCCACAACUUUUCACACUCACACUCACUUCAAGAAAAUGAACGGCAACAUUGACAAACGUGUGUGAUCCAUGAAUGAACUAAUAACUGUCCUGGUGCAAUUAGAAUUGGCAUUUAAACUUAACUCAAAUUAACUUCACCGGUAAAAGGGUAUAGUGCAUUUUAGCUUCAUUCUGAAAUUUCACCCAAACGCCAAUAUUGUACCAAUAUUGUCUUACCUGAAUGGUCAUGUAUGACUUCUGUGACUUGUAAGUAUAUUUUUGCCUUGAUAGCAUGUGAUAAACACACAAAACACAAACUACCCUUUCACGGUCAUACACAUCCUUCCAUGCAAACAAAGCAGAACUGUAGUCAAUGUGUAUGGGGUGCAUGCAAAAUGAAACUUGUUGUACAAAGAAGUGUUGGAGCAACAUGGCUAGAAUAGUGCUAGAUAGCUCCACAUGUGCUGUGAGUUGCAGACUUUUCUAUGCGAGCCCCCCAGGCCCAAUACUGCAUGUGUGUUGGUUCUGGUCAGCUCUGUGAGCGAUGCCUUGAUGCCAUUGUGUUAUAGCUUGAUAUUGCAUGCUGAAAUAUUGCAAGACACUGUCCUUACUAGCUUUUUGCAUGAGGAUAUUGUUAUCACAAAACAGGGGAAGGAGUUGUUGUUUUUCGUUGUGGAACUCACAAGACUCAAAGUCACUUUCAUGGAGAAUGCAGUAGUUUCUCGAUGAAAUUGCCAUUUCUGAACGAGUAUCUGGCAAGCAUGCUUCCAAAGUGUCACUUUCACACAUGCGUGUCUGCCUAUGUUACAAAUAGGUCGAUGAUGAUGUUGGUUCAUUGCUUGUGGGUCAUUGAUCAAUCAAUAGGGCUGUUUUGACUUGUAAAACAAUAGAACACAAGUAUGUGUACCAUGUGUGCAGUCCUCUUUGUAUAUAACUGUAAAUGUAUAUCUGUCCUGUUGUGUGUAUAAAUAUAUCUUUUGCACUGAAUGUACCAAAGGGGCUUGACAAGUAAACCAUUCUUUCAUUUCAGACAAACAGCAUCGGACACAUCCUUACACUUCACAUGUUUGUGGCAUGUUAAAAUAGACAUUCUAUGUUUGCUACAGUGACUCCUUCAAAAUAAGACAUGAUAACCUCUCACUUCCUGUUCAAUUCUGAUAAGACACAAUUGGUUUUCAGAGGUCUCUUGUCUGUCCGUCUCCACGUCAGUCCAGUUUGGGUGAUGUGAGAUAAUUGCUACACGGACUUUAUAAAAAUGUAAAUGCAUGGUCCAAUCAAUAAAAAGAAU